AUGUCUGACACUGCUGCCUCCGGGAGCUCUCUCCCUCCCCCGCCCGCCUCGGCAGGCGCGCCGGGCUACGACAACGGCGCCCAGGGCAACGGCCAGGGCCACAUGCCUCCUCCCCCGCUCGCGCCCGUCAUAAUCCCCCAGAACACGAAUCCCAUCCCCACGGCCAUCAGCUCCCCAAUGUCCGCCAGCGUCAUGUCGCCUACCUCUGCCGGCGGCUACGUGCGUCGCGCCGCGCCCGAACCGAACAAGCGGGCUCUGUAUGUUGGUGGACUGGACCCUCGCAUCACCGAGGAUGUCCUGCGCCAGAUCUUCGAGACGGCCGGCCACGUCCAGAGCGUCAAGAUCAUCCCGGACAAGAACGUAGGUCGCCUUAAGUUCCAGUCUAAGGGUUUGAACUACGGCUUCGUUGAGUACGACGACCCUGGUACCGCUGAGCGUGCCAUGCAGACCCUCAAUGGUAGACGCGUCCACCACAGCGAAAUUCGCGUCAACUGGGCCUACCAGUCGAACACGCAGACCAAGGAGGACACGUCCAACCAUUUCCAUAUCUUCGUUGGUGACCUUUCGAACGAAGUCAACGAUGAGGUCCUCCUUCAGGCUUUCUCCGCGUUUGGUGCCGUUUCCGAGGCCCGCGUCAUGUGGGACAUGAAGACCGGUCGUUCGCGCGGCUACGGGUUCGUUGCUUUCCGCGACCGCGGUGAUGCCGAGAAGGCCCUGAGCUCCAUGGACGGCGAGUGGCUCGGCUCUCGCGCCAUCCGCUGCAACUGGGCCAACCAGAAGGGUCAGCCGUCGAUUGCCCAACAGCAAGCCAUGGCCUCUAUGGGAAUGACGCCCACCGCGUACGGCCACCACCACUUCCCUACUCACGGUAUCCAAUCCUAUGAUAUGAUUGUUCAGCAGACUCCCCAGUGGCAGACGACCUGCUACGUCGGUAACCUCACUCCUUACACUUCUCAGUCGGACCUUGUCCCUCUCUUCCAGAACUUCGGUUACGUCGUUGAAACCCGCUUCCAGAGCGACCGUGGCUUCGCAUUCAUCAAAAUGGACACUCACGAGAAUGCUGCCAUGGCCAUCUGCCAGCUCUCCGGUUACAACGUCAACGGUCGUCCGUUGAAGUGCAGCUGGGGCAAGGACCGUCCUCCCACCGGCCAGUUUGAAGGCUACUCGCCCGCCACUGCUGCUCCCGGCUCAGGCUUCCCGCCCACCCCUAGCGCCUACUUCCCCCAGUACGGUGGUCCUGGCCCCAUGGGCUCCCCUCAAGGUUUGUUUAUUUCCCGACCCAGCCCCGGCGCUCAACCUUUCGGCCAGGCCUCUGCUGGCUUCGGCGGUCCCGCCAUGACUUCUCCCUACCAACAAAUGCCCGGCAGUGCCGGCGGAUUCGGACGCGGCAGCAACGCUGGCCAGUGGGCUCAACCCACUCCCGGCGGCUUUGGCGGUGUCAACAACGGCUUCCAAGGUUACCAGGGCUAG